AUGAAAGUCUACAGUGUUUUCUUCUUCUACGUCUUUUCAGGAGCCUUCACUAUUCCUUCACUAUCGUUUACACAAAUACUUGAUGGAGAGAUUCCCAUCUAUGCAGCUGUGGAGGAAGAAGAUAUCUCCGUUGACUUCCUUUUUACUCUGGUUGGUGGGGGCACGAAAUAUUUAUGCAGAGAGGAGUGCAAAACCAACAUCCUGAUCCAAACCAACUCCAGCACAGCUCAGCGAGGAAGAUACAGCAUCAGCUAUCAUGACGGAGCGCUAAAGAUAACCAUCUCCAGGCUGCAGGUGUCAGACUCAGGACGAUACAGGUGUGGCGUCGGAUGCCCCUCCCUGCCAGACUCCUAUGAGGAGCUGGUUGAAAUUAGAGUAGAAAAAGCUAAGCGUGCAGACAAACGGUCUCAGCAGCCAAAUAUGAGGACAUGUGGACAAACUAGAGAUUUAGGUUUGACAACAUUUUCUUCAUCCACCACAAAGACAGACGUUGAAUUACCAACAGCAGAAAAUACUUUGAUUAUUGCUGCAUCGUGGUCGGUGCUCGCUGUGGUUCUGCUGAUGUGUUUCCUUUUCCUGUUUUUCAAAUUAAUGACAAAGCUAAGAGCCCAUGGUUUAAAGAAAAACACAGAGGAAACUGACAAUAUGUUUGUCACGUAUGAAAAUUGGGCUCCAUUUUCCGGAUAUGAAGACUCAACCUACCAAAGCCUCGAUCCACUCAGUAUGGACGAGGUCUCGGUUUAUUUUACACUCAAAUAGGACGUUGCUGUAAACAUGAA